AUGCCUCCUAAGAGUCCUAAGUCUAGUGGAAAAGCCGUGAAAAAGGCCGGCAAAGCCCAGAAAAACAUCUCGAAGACCGACAAGAAGAAGAAGCGCAAGAGGAAGGAAAGUUAUGCCAUUUACAUCUACAAGGUAUUGAAACAAGUCCAUCCAGAUACCGGAAUUUCCAGCAAGGCCAUGAGCAUCAUGAACAGUUUUGUGAACGAUAUUUUUGAACGCAUCGCUGCCGAAGCGAGCAGAUUAGCCCAUUACAACAAACGUUCCACAAUUACCAGCAGGGAAAUUCAGACGGCAGUGCGACUUCUCUUGCCCGGUGAGCUGGCCAAGCACGCAGUCAGUGAAGGUACUAAGGCAGUGACAAAAUACACCAGUUCUAAGUGA